UAUUUCAUUUUCAGCAUGCUGACCUUGCUGCCGCUCCACUUACCCUCACUUUAGGCCGUUUGAAACAUGUGGAUAUGUCUUUUCCGUUUCUAAGUUCUGGAUAUAAAAUCGUUAUUAAAAAACCAGAUUUGACACAAAUGAAACGUGGACUUUUCAUUAUUUUGAAACCAUUCACAACUCCUGUUUGGUGUUUCAUCAUAUUAGCUUAUGUACUCACCGGUAGCUUUCUGGCAAUAAUCGGUCGAAUUAGUCCGUAUGAAUGGACAAACACGUCGGACGUGGAUGUUGAUUCGGACAAACGUAGCAGUUUUAAUUGUAUGAAUAGCUUUUGGUUCGUCUUCAGUACAUUUAUGUGGCAAGGAUAUCGUAUUGCACCUCGGUCUUUUUCUGGAAGAACACUCAGUGUGUUUUGGUGGAUAUUUGUCUUGGUAACGCUGGUUCUUUAUAUCGGCUCCAUGGCAGCGCACUUACUGGCAAAUAGACCAAAAAAUGCCUUUCUACCAUUCACAACUUUUCAUGAAAUGUCCAAACAAAAUGAAGUCGCUUAUGGGGUUUUAAAAUCAGGUUCAACUUUCCGUUAUUUUAAAAGGUCAUCAGUUCCUGUAGAAAGACGUAUUUAUGAAAACAUUAUGAAGGAUCAAAGUGUUUUGACAUCGUCAACAGAGGAAGGUUUGCAAAGGGUGCGAGAAUCAAACGGCAAGUAUGCCUACAUUAUGGAAGGCGAUCUGGCUGAAUUUUUAGUUAGUCAAAAACCCUGUGACCUUAUGGUAGUCGGAGAUAUAGGAGAUCACUCUUAUUCCUUUGUCACACAGAAGAAUUCUUUACUGAGUAAUGAGGUAAAUCAUGCUAUUAUUAGUCUACAAGAAAUGAAUACUAUUAAAGAAAUACAUAAGAAAUGGAUGCUGGGUGAAUGUCACACGAAUAUCUUUUGGGAAGUCUUCAUGGACGGUCAAGCGUACUUUGAUAAAAUCACUUCAAUACAUGACGACAUCUUUAGCGGUCUUAACAUCGCUUUAUUUGCUGGCCCUUUGAUAAUAUUGCUCAUUGGAAUGAUAUUAGCUGGAUCUUUACUGGUGGCUGAAGUAUUCCUGUCAGGCGGAGAUAUCAAGCGUAAUAAUAUCGGUGAAGAUGGCCACCAGCUUCAAGAAAGCUUUAACGAACAAAAUUAAUUGAGAUAAAAGCAACAUUUUACUGGACAUGCGCAGAUGAGCGAUGAGGUGGUGAGUCGGAAAAUCGGUGAGGCAAAAGAUGAACAAGUUAUUGAUAAGUGGCUCAUUAAAACUCACUUGUACUAACUUGA